ACAGCUCAGUUCAGUCCCGUUAAAGCGCGCGCUGACAGCGGAGUUCACACGCACACGCGCACACACACACACUUGCUGUGAUUCCUCCUGGAUCUUUAUUAGAAACUCGACCAAAGCUCCGGAGUACCAGAGUGUCGUUUAUGCACUGCAGCUGGCAUGAGCUAACAUGGAAACCAAACCUUUCUUGUCGCUAGGGUUCCUGAAAAGCCCGUGCUCAGUAGCGCCGCCCUGUGUGCAGGGCCGGCCGGGCGAUGCUGGCAGCUCGCCCUCGGGCUGCUUCUGCUUCACGGGCACAUGCCCACUGCACCAUCGCAGGAUAUCCACAGACUCAUCAGGCCAGCUCUCCUCGUCUCCUCUGAGCUCACCGACUGGUCACCGUGCUGUUGGGCCUCACGCACUUCACCCGUCUCUGCUCACCCCGUCUUCCAUGGGCUCCACACCGGGUCAGCUUCACUCACCUAUCAAUGGCCUAGCAUCACCCUUUCCUGUCAUCAGCUCACCCAUGGGCCAUCCCUCCAUCACAGGGCCUUCCAGCACCAGUAUGGCCUUCGGACCUAGUCUCAGUCCACAACUCAGCUCCCCCAUGACUUCAGUCAGCAGCCCAGAAGAUGUCAAACCUCCUCUGGGCCUGAAUGGUGUCAUGAAGGUUCCAGCUCAGCCGACAGGCACCUCGCUGUCUCUCACCAAACACAUCUGUGCUAUUUGUGGCGAUCGAUCUUCAGGUAAACACUACGGCGUGUACAGCUGCGAAGGUUGCAAAGGCUUCUUCAAGCGCACGGUGAGGAAAGACCUGACUUACACCUGCCGAGACAACAAGGACUGUCCAAUCGACAAGCGCCAGCGCAACCGCUGCCAGUAUUGCCGCUACCAGAAGUGUCUGGCCAUGGGCAUGAAGAGAGAAGCUGUCCAGGAGGAGAGGCAGCGGGCGAAAGAAAAGAGUGAGGCUGAAUUGGAGCUGGCAGGCUGUGCCAGUGAAGACAUGCCAGUGGAGAAGAUUCUGGAAGCUGAGCUGGCAGUGGAGCCCAAAACUGAAACCUAUGUGGAAGGCAGUAUUGGUGCAGCUGCCAACUCUCCCAACGACCCCGUUACAAACAUUUGCCAAGCGGCUGAUAAGCAGCUCUUCACGUUAGUGGAAUGGGCAAAGAGGAUACCACACUUUUCUGACCUGCCUUUAGAUGACCAGGUUAUUCUUUUACGAGCAGGGUGGAACGAGCUCCUCAUCGCUUCUUUUUCACACCGCUCGAUAAGUGUGAAAGAUGGCAUAUUGUUAGCAACCGGCCUCCACGUCCAUAGAAACAGUGCACAUAGCGCUGGAGUAGGUGCUAUUUUUGAUAGAGUGCUGACAGAGCUGGUGUCUAAGAUGCGAGACAUGCAGAUGGACAAGUCUGAGCUUGGAUGCCUGAGAGCUAUUGUUCUUUUCAAUCCAGACUCUAAAGGCCUGUCUAACCCAACAGAGGUGGAGGCACUUAGAGAGAGAGUAUACGCUUCACUGGAGGCCUACUGUAAACAGAAAUACCCCGAUCAGCCUGGGAGAUUUGCUAAACUGCUUCUCCGGCUGCCUGCUCUGCGCUCCAUCGGGCUGAAGUGUCUGGAGCACCUCUUUUUCUUCAAACUCAUUGGAGACACACCCAUUGACACUUUUCUAAUGGAAAUGCUAGAGGCGCCACACCAAAUGACAUAAUGGAGCAGUGCCUUAACUCAGCCAUGACAAUGUCACUCGGAAUCCCUGUAAAGAACACUGCAGUCUCAUGCACACAUCACCUUCAGACGGCCAUGAUGAGACGCGUCUCAGUGACACCUGCUUUGUCUGCUAAACGUCUUAGCUUGCAAUCCAGGAGACAAACAGAUUAGCUUUGGUGCUUCAUCAUUAGUCCAUGUAAUUACACAAUGACCAUUCACUAUUGAGUAAUUCAUAAGGAGGAUGGAUUAAGAGAGUCAAGACCGGUAUGCUUGGGUGGAAAUCUGGCUGCAUGGAUUUUAGCAGAUUUUGUGGUCAAAAUAAUUUCUUAAAUAUUCUGCCUCACAGAUACCUACCUCUGCAGUCUACUCUGUUCACGAUGUCUUUCCUCAAACAGUUAUAUCUGUACACAUUCACGUCGGUGUGAGUGUAUAGGUUUCAUGAAUGGAUGCAAAAUUCUGCAGUACCUCAUACACACCCCUCUGUUUCACAGGACUCCUAUUUCUGACACCUCAUCACUGCCUUUGUUAUGGACUGUACUUUAUGUACUUUAACAUUCAGCAUUCAUUUUGCAAUGUUUUUUUAUAUUUCGAGAUUCACUGAUGAGAGAAGGUUGUAUAAGAAAGAAAAGGUUGUAUUUGCAGCACUUAACUAAUUUUUUUUUUUUUUCAGACAGUGUUGAUAUUAGCGACGCACCAGCAGUUGGCCUCUGCAAAGAGCAAUGUUUGUUUGGCUGUAGCGAAGGCGUAUCAAUGACAGAAUGGUCUGAAAUCAGGUGUGCUCUUUGCCUGAAGUUUAAUGAUAGAAAAAAAGCAAUGAUUCUUUGUUGUCUGUGUAAAAUUUUAGAUGUUUGAUUAUCAGUUGUUUUGCCUUUAUAAUUCAUCUCAUUAUUGUAUCAAGGUUUUUUUUUUUUUCUCCAGAUUUUAAGAUUUUCAUUUAAAUGUCAUGUGAUGAUUCCCAGCAAAGCAGCAUUUGUGCUUUAAAAUAUGCAAUUAGGCUACGUUCACAUUAAAAGGCUGAAGUGGCACAAAUCCAAUUUUUGUUGCCUAAAUGAGAAGUCUUCUCAAUUCAGAUUCGGGACACUAAUAUGUGGUACUAGAUGCAUAGGCAUGUAAUCAUAUGAGAAUGUAGGAGGCAGCCUGUUAGCAGCGCUAAAUAGGAGAAAGAAA